AUGCAUAAGAAAGAUAAACAGCGUACAGCAGAUGCUAUGUCUAUAGUUUAUAAUGGGAAUUCUACUUCAUUAUUAGAAAGAGGAGACAACGCAUCUUCGAUUACACCAUCGAACUCUGGAGGAGUAAAUAGAGAUGUGAUUUCUGCGUCCUCGCCAUCCACAACCCAGAUUAUGCCAACACGACCGCCAC